AUGGACGACCCCUCCUCCUCCUCCUCCUCGGCUUCGAAGGACAAUGCCGGUCCUGGUUCCAUGCCCACGUCGCAUCCAAGUCAACAGCAGCCUAGCGGUAAUGGUCCACUACAACCGCCCGUAGUCGCUACCGCUGCGUCCAUCGCGAGACCCCAUGGUCACGAGCUCCCCUUCGUCACGCCCUCCUCAUACCUUCGCCCAAGACCACCCUCGGUUGCUCGCAAAAUGCCAGAGAAGCCGCCCAGUCCCCUCGACAAGGACCAGAUUCAAGGCCUGAGGGCGAUUCGCGAUUUCCUCAAGGUCCGAACCAGCUACGAUGUCCUACCGCUCUCCUUCCGCCUUAUUGUCCUCGACAACGACCUCUUGAUCAAGAAGAGUCUCAAUAUCCUCAUUCAAAAUGCCAUCGUGUCAGCGCCGCUAUGGGAUUCGCACAAUUCCAGGUUCGCCGGCCUUCUGACGGCGACAGAUUUCAUCAAUGUGAUUCAAUACUACUGUCAGUUCCCUGACGAGAUGCAUAAGCUGGAACAAUUCAGGCUCAGCAGCUUGCGAGAUAUUGAAAAGGCUAUCGGGGCCUCUCCACUCGAGACCGUUUCCGUCAACCCCAUGAGACCACUCUACGAGGCCUGCCGUCGCAUGCUCAAGACUCGUGCGCGCCGAAUCCCCCUCGUUGACGUUGACGACGAGACCGGGCGCAAGAUGGUUGUUAGCGUCAUUACACAGUACAGAAUUCUUAAAUUCAUCGCCGUCAACAACGAGCACAACACCGUUCUACUCAAGAAGUCCCUCAGAGAGAUUGGAUUGGGCACAUACAAGAGCCUUGCUACAGCGCAGAUGCACGAUUCUGUCCUCAGUGUGGUCGAUCUGAUGGUCAAGCAAAACAUAUCCUGCGUCCCGAUUGUCGACAAGUACAACCGCCUACUGAACGUCUUCGAAGCCGUCGAUAUCAUUCCGUGCAUUAAGGGGGGCGUUUAUGAAGAACUGCAAUCAAGCAUCGGAGAGGCACUAGUCAAGCGUCCGGACGACUCGCCUGGCAUCUACACUUGCAGCCCCGAGGACAGAUUAGACUCGAUCUUCGACACCGUCCGGAAGUCAAGAGUACAUCGUCUCAUAGUAGUAGACGAUGAUAACAGACUUGCGGGUGUCAUCUCCCUGUCCGACAUUCUCAAGUACGUGCUUCUGCACGGCGAAGAGGACGACGUCGUGGGGCACUGA